AUGGCCAACUACCUCGCCUCCAUCUUCGGAACCGAGCAGGACAAGGUCAACUGUUCUUUCUACUACAAGAUCGGUGCCUGCCGUCACGGCGACCGCUGCUCGCGAAAACACGUCAAGCCAUCGUACUCGCAGACGAUCCUGCUGCCCAACCUGUACCAGAACCCGGCAUACGACCCCAAGAACAAGAUGAAUGCGCAGCAGAUGCAGAUGCACUUUGAUGCCUUUUACGAGGACAUUUGGUGUGAGCUGUGCCAGUACGGGCUGGUAGAGGAGCUCGUUGUUUGCGACAACAACAAUGACCAUCUGAUUGGCAACGUCUACGUACGUUUCAAGUACGAAGAGGAUGCCCAAAAAGCCUGCGAUGCCCUCAACAGUCGUUGGUACGCUGGUCGCCCUAUCUACUGCGAACUCUCGCCCGUUACCGAUUUCCGCGAAGCGUGUUGUCGACUGAAUAGCGGUGAGGGCUGUGUGCGCGGCGGCUUUUGCAAUUUCAUUCAUCGCAAGGAACCGUCUCCUGAGCUGGACAGGGAGCUAGACAUGUGCACGCGAAAGUGGCUUAAGGAGCGCGGCCGCGAUGCCAGGAGUAUGAGCAGGAGUCCUACACCGCCCGCCACUGCUGCUAAGAACAGGUUUUGA